AAAAGAGUACCCGGACUUACAUGCCUGAUUCUCGGAAUGCCAAAGACAGAGACUCAACUGAGAUAUUUGGAGUUAAAUAUUCCGAAGAUGAUACGAUGGCAACUGAAAUAUCUGCCCAUCCAAGGCAUACAAAGCAAAUGAAACCUCAUCAAGUGGAGGGUUUCAAUUUUCUUGUUAGCAACUUGGUGGGUGAUAGUCAUGGGGGCUGCAUCUUGGCCCAUGCUCCUGGAUCUGGAAAGACAUUCAUGAUAAUCAGUUUUAUGCAAAGUUUCCUGGGAAAGUAUCCACACGCUAGACCACUUAUUGUACUCCCUAAAGGAAUACUGGCUACUUGGAAAAAGGAGUUCCAGACGUGGCAAGUGGAGGACAUUCCACUGUAUGAUUUUUACACCGUCAAGGCAGAUAAUCGAUCUCAGCAGCUAGAGGUGUUGAAGCAGUGGGUGGAGCAUAAGAGUGUCCUUUUCUUAGGGUACAAACAAUUCUCAACAAUUGUUUGUGACAAUGGAACCAGCAAUACCUCUGCUUCAUGUAAAGAGAUACUUCUCAAGGCUCCUUCAAUUCUUGUUCUGGAUGAAGGGCUCACUCCACGAAACGAGGACACAAAUGUGUUACAGUCCCUUGCGAAGGUGCAAACGCCUAGAAAAGUUGUACUUUCAGGAACCCUCUACCAAAAUCAUGUCAAAGAGGUGUUCAAUAUUUUGAAUCUGGUCCGACCAAAGUUUUUACCGUUGGAAACCUCUCGAGCUGUUGUCAAGCGCAUUAUGAGUAGAGUAGAUAUACCUGGUUCAAGAAGGCAGUUUAAAGCAGGUGCUGAUGCAGCUUUCUAUGACUUGGUUGAACACACAUUACAGAGAGACAAGGAUUUUAGGAGGAAAGUGGGUGUCAUACAAGAUUUGCGUGAGAUGACCGGCAAGGUACUUCACUAUUAUAAAGGGGACUUCUUAGAUGAGCUUCCUGGUCUUGUUGAUUUCACCGUGGUGCUGAAUUUAAGUUCCAGACAGAGGCAUGAAGUUUCAAAAUUAAAAAAGUUGGUGAGGAAAUUCAAGAUAAGUUCCGUUGGGAGUGCCGUCUAUCUUCACCCAAAAUUGAAUUCUUUCUCUGAGAAUCAUGCAAUUGCUGAUCAUUUGGUGGAUGAGUUGUUAGAGAAAAUAGAUGUGAAAGAUGGAGUGAAGGCGAAAUUCUUUCUUAAUAUGCUUAGCCUAUGUGAGUCAGCCGGAGAGAAGCUGCUGGUUUUCUGUCAGUACCUCCUACCCUUGAAAUUUCUAGAGCGAUUAGUAGUGAAGAUGAAGGGUUGGAGUCCUGGAAGAGAAAUCUUUGUGAUUUCAGGUGAAUCAAGUUCUGACCAUCGUGAAAGGUCCAUGGACCGCUUCAACAAUUCUUCUGAUGCCAAAGUCUUCUUUGGCUCCAUCAAGGCAUGUGGGGAGGGUAUAUCUUUGGUUGGGGCAUCCCGCAUAAUAAUUAUGGAUGUACAUCUUAAUCCGUCAGUGACCCGGCAAGCAAUAGGUCGUGCAUUUCGACCAGGCAAAAGAAGAGUGUUUGCAUAUCGAUUGGUAGCUGCUGAUUCUCCCGAAGAGGAAGAUCACGGCACUUGCUUCAAGAAGGAGUUAAUUUCAAAGAUGUGGUUUGAAUGGAAUGAAUAUUGUGGUUAUCGGUAUUUCGAAGUGGAGACUGUUGACGGAAAGAUUGUGAUGAUCUCUUCUUGGAAAGUUCAUUCUUAAGAGAAGACAUAAAGGCUCUGUACAGAAGGUAGUUCCUAGCAUCAUGCUAGGUCUCAGCACUGGAGUAGGCUUGAAUUUCUGACUUCUAUCUGGCCAAGUUAGAAUCUUCACCUGUUCAAACUUCAGUUUUAUAUGUAGAGGCGUGGUUCAAUCAGCAACAAUCUUGAAUCCAUUCUGGAGCCUGGGAUUACGUUCAUUGGAGCCUGCUUUUCCCGACUUCAAUUCCUCAGGGGAAAAACGUUUCUGUAUAGCAUGCCUUAAAUGAAGCCUGGGAUUACGUUCAAGCUGAUGCUUAAUAUUGAGUGACGAUUUCCUGUCAAUUGUGUGGUUUCUCACUAGCCAUUAAGACCAUUCCGCUUGUAGUGGUCAGAGUGACGUAAACACUAAUUUCUGUACGUGGAUGAAACGAUUUUUUUCCCUAAUUUUCAGAAGCCUGAUAGCGGUUUUUAGUUUUGCCA